GCGACACGACGAGACCAAUGGACCACAACAACGUCAGAAUCCCGCGCUUCCCGCCAAGACCCGGAAAUUGUCUGCGCCGUCUGGCGAAGAAAGAUAUGAAGAUCUGACGACGUGAAGACGUGUAGACAUGAACUCGUGAAUCGUGAAUCCCAUUGUUCCCUUCUAUAUUACUUCUUUUCUCGCAUUUCGCAUUUCGCAUGCAUGUCGCUGCUUCCCUUUAGUCAUUCCUUCUUCCUUCCAUUUCAUUAAUCAUCCAUUAUGGCAGAACCAUUUCCCACCCUCAACUCGACAUCUCCGGACCCUUCGCAUCACCAUACGGGUAGCGCGUCCGGCGAGAACGGCUCCAUUCGACAGAGACGACGAAAGAGCACCGGACUACGCGGCGAACCUAGGGGCGAUACAGCUGCACCCGCUUUCGCGACUCUGAAUGAUCGGACGCCGAGUACCAUGGGGACGGAGACGCGGUCGGGAGCUCUCACGGGGAAGCGAUCCGAAAAAUCCCAGCGACGGUCCAAGCGACGAAAAGUCCGCUCAAUAUUCCAACGAUGGAAAUCCAUUUCAUUUCGGCACACUUGGCUGAACCCGCUGCUUCUCUGCCUUGCCGUCGUCGGGGUGUAUCGCCUUUCCCCGGGCCCGUCGAAUCCCCUCCAUCCCGCCCUGUUCCUCUCGUAUCCUCGCGGUCCUAAGGAUGAUGAUCCCUCGGCGACCAUGUACGGCAAAGGCAAGAAGGAUUUCGCGUUCGUCGCGUUCUACACGAUCUUCCUAAGCUUCACGCGCGAGUUUAUCAUGCAGCGGUUCCUGCGGCCGUUGGCAUUGCACUACGGUAUCCGCAAGCGAGCGAAACAGGCCCGGUUCAUGGAGCAGCUGUACACCGCGAUCUACUUCUCCGUGCUCGGCCCGUUCGGGAUGUACGUCAUGUCGAGGACGCCCGUGUGGUACUUCUCGACGCCCGGAAUGUAUGCGGGCUUUCCGCAUAAGGAACUAGAGGGCGUCUUUAAGGCCUACUAUCUGAUCCAGGCGAGCUACUGGCUGCAGCAGAUGAUCGUCCUGCUCCUGAUGCUCGAAAAGCCACGGAAGGAUUUCAAAGAGCUGGUCGCACAUCAUUUUAUCACACUCUCCCUUAUCUUUCUGAGCUAUCGCUUCCACUUCACUUACAUGGGAAUUGCUGUGUACAUCACGCACGACAUCAGCGAUUUCUUCCUUGCUACCUCAAAGACGCUUAAUUACCUAGACUCGCCCGUCGUGGUCCCAUACUUUGUGCUCUUCGUCGGGAUUUGGACCUACCUGCGACACUACAUCAACCUUCGAAUCAUCUUCUCGUUCUUCCCCCAAUUCAGCUCCAUCGGUCCGUACCAAGUAGUCUGGGAGACCGGACAGUACAAAUUCUGGGUGGCGCAAAUCAUCACCCUCUCCCUCCUCGCUAGCUUGCAGGCCGUCAACAUGUUCUGGCUGUUCCUCAUCCUUCGCAUCGCCUAUCGGCUCGUGCGCGGCGGUGAGAAGAAGGACGACCGGAGCGACGAUGACGAAGACGAAGAAGAAGAAGAAGAAGAGACCAUCGCACCCCACCCGGUCAAACGCGAACCCGAGAUCCACGUCAUCGGGAUGGAUAAAGCCCCUGGCCACAAAGCGACGGCGAUGUCAUUGGGUGUCCCAGUCGCCAAUGGAAAACUGGGGAACGAGUCGGACGCCGGGUCGGCGUCAGAAACCGGCCGAACGUUGAGGAGGAGUCCGAGGAAGAGGAAGGUGUGA